UUGGACACCAAAUCAUUUCCGAACGCAAAUAAAGUUGUCAAUAUAGUGUAAAAAGUGUCGACACUUUCAACCAUUCCGAACUCACCUAUAGGCGCAUUCUUUUAUUCACCGAUGGAUCCAUCGAUGACCAGUCUAUCUUUGUCUAGUUCAUAGAAAAUCGUAAUGGCUGUCUCAUAAUGCUAGCAGCAGAUGUAUCCAUUGCUGGAUAAAAGAAUUCGCACUAUCGCUCCGCCGAGCGUUAACCAAUGGUCAACCCACGUCAACCCAAACCCUGCCCAUGUCUAAUAACUGUCAAUUAAAAUCAAAAAACAUCAGUGUCAUUUUUGACAUUUUUCAAUUCUAACCUCAAAAAAAAAAGAUACUUAAUUUGAUGUUCACGAUUAUUUGCAAACACAGCUUAUCACAGAAAAUAUUUGGAUUAUCAAUAAAAAAUUCAUAUAAAAUGUCCACCCAAUGUUACGUCAUCAAUUUGGACACUAAAAGGCGAAUAAUUUUACCCCACAGGACUCGAGUUAGACUGGGACGCAAUGAACGAACCGCCAUACAAGACGUUAAAAUAUCCAGAGACCAAAUUGUGUGUAUUGCCGAUGUGAAGAAACGCAAACUGAUUUUGAAAGCCGUGGGACAAGCGGUAUCUGGUUGUAAUGGUUUAGCUUUAACCAAAAACUUGGUCUACACCAUUGGUCAUAAAGACAUUAUCGAAUUGCGUUUUGGUAACCAUAAAUUCGAGGUUAAUUUUGAUGACGAAGUAGAACCUCCCAAAGCCAAAAAACCCAAGCCAGAUUUCGCUAUGUUUAAUCCUAAACAAAAACAGCAAAAAGCAGAUUCAAUUGAAGGUCUGUGGGAAGAUAUUGAUAAUCAAGAGCUCAUGAUUUUCACUCCAACUCAGUGCGAAGCCAAAAACAAAAUUGCGGCUUUCGAUAUUGACGGCACCAUUAUAAAAACCAAAUCUGGUGCAAGGUUUUCCAAAGAUCACAACGAUUGGAUGUGGAAUAUUUCAGACAUACCAAAGCAUUUAAAGCAAUUGUUAGAAGACGGCUUUAAAUUGGCAUUUUUCACUAAUCAAUCAGGCGUGGGGCAAGACGCUGCUAAAAUAAAAAACUUUAGAACGAAAAUCGAAAACAUUGUAAAUAAAUUAGAGUUACCAGUGCAAGUUUUUGUAGCACUCGGCAAGAAAAUUUAUAGGAAACCAAAAAUGGGAAUGUGGGAUUUGCUUGAAACAAAGAAAAAUAAUAAUGUGGAAAUUGAUAGGAAUCAAUCGUUUUAUGUAGGCGACGCUGCAGGAAGACAAAAAAAUUGGGCUCCAAAAAAAAAUAAAGAUCAUUCUUGCGCAGAUAGAUUAUUUGCAUUGAAUUUAGGUCUUAAAUUUUACACUCCUGAAGAAUACUUUCUCAAACAAAAACCAGUCCCAUUUAAAAUGCCAGAUUUUGAUCCUAGACAAGACAUCAGCCUUCAACAAUAUCCAGAUAUAUCUUGCGAUAAAUUAAAUGUUAUUGUUAUGGUGGGUGGACCUGGAUCUGGCAAGAGUCAUUUUGUCAAAGAAGUUCUCGUGCCAAAAGGCUAUGUACAAGUUAGCAGGGAUAAAUUAGGAACUUGGCAAAAGUGUGUAAAAGCUAUGGAAGAAAAUUUGCAGCAGAAGAGAAAUGUUGUUAUAGAUAAUACGAAUGGGGACAAGGAAAGUAGACAACGAUACAUAGAGGGUGCUAAAAAAUUUGGGGCAGAUGUGAGAUGUUUCGUAAUGGAAACUAGCCUUGCUCAUAUGAGGCACAAUAAUAAAUUUCGUCAAUUGACUGAUAAUUCUCAUGCCUAUGUUAGCGAUAUUAUUAUUUUUAGUUUCAAUAAGAAUUUUCAGCAGCCAGAUAUGUCUGAAGGGUUUGCACAAAUAUUGAAAAUUCCUUUUGUUGGGAAAUUUAAUGACGAUUCUCUGCAGAAAAUUUAUAAAACGUUUUUAGUUGAGUAACUGCUCUUAUUAUUUUGAAUUAAAUACAAAAACUGUUUUUUUUUUAAAUUAUAUCUUACUUAAAAAAUAAUGAUUUUAUUAACUUGGGUAUCAUGUCAUAUGUUCCAUCAUAUUAGGUGUAAAAGAUAGGAAGUUUUCAUCAAAAUCAAAUGGAAUUUAAAAUAUCUUGGUUUUGACUUAUCUGUGUCCCAUAUUUUGCAGUAGAACGGGAAGUUUUCAGUAAACCUGGACUGGAUAUACCACUUCGAUUAUUGGUUUUUUAUUUAAACUUUUUUUUUUCAAAUAAACUCAAAAAUAAACUGAUAUUUCUGAAAGUGAAGUUUUUCAAUCUUGCUUUUUCUUUCACCUGGUUGGUUUAAAAAAAC